AUGGAAGAUUCACGAGAAUCAUCAUUUAUCAAUCAAUCAUCUUCAUCUGCUUCAACAUCACCUCCAACUGAAAUACCCAUUCCUCAUCUACUGGGUAACUUCAAUAUUAAACAUUCAAAUUCAGAUUAUUGUGGUGCUGGCGGUGGUAUUGGCAAUAAACCAAAACGUCAAAGAAGAAGUUAUAGUUGUGGUCCAUGUAAAUUAUUAAAAAUAAAAUGUGAUUUACAAAUCCCAUGUUCAUCAUGUAAGAAAUUUAAACGAAUUAGUCGAUGUUUACUUCAACCUCCUCAACCUCCUUCUCAAGAAGAGUUAAAUAAAAUAAAACAAAGGAAAACAAGAACAAAUAUUAAGAAAUUGAAAUUGACUGGUACUACUAUUGGAUCUCCUAAUGUUAGUACUAGUAGUAGUACUGUCAAUAAUGAAAUAGUUACAGCAUACAAUAGUAAUCUAGAGUCUAUCCCAUCUUUAAUAAACAGAAUGCUGACAGUUUCAAAGAGUUCUCAUCAUCAUAUCCAUAAUGUUGCAAAAAAGAAAAAGAAGAAUCUAUCAAUAAGUCAUCCAAGUGGUCAUUUAAGAUUACAACCAGAACCAAUAGAUAUGAAAUCAAAACCUCCAAUUGCAUUUAUUACUUCCCAAUUUGGUCAAAAUAUCACAUCUCUGCCACUGCAAUUACAUCAACAACAACAAUUACAAGAACAAUACCCUUAUGCAAAUGAUAAUCUACUUGAUCGACUUUAUUAUCAAGAUACAUUUAGAAUGUAUGAAUUAACCAUGGUUGAUAUUAGAAGAAUUAAACGAUUAUUACCAAAUAAUUUCAAUAUAUUUGAACAAUUAUUUGAAAUUUAUAAAUCAUCAUUAAAUGUAAUUAUACAUGAUUUACAAAAUUUAUCAGAAAUUAAACAACAAUCGAAAUUGAUUUAUUAUCGAAUAUUAAAUAUAAAUGACGAAUUAAACUUAGCCAGUUCAAUCAGUUUUAAUAUGAUUGAAUUAAGACAAUUAUCAUUAAUGUUUUUAAUUUUAGUUAAUGGAUUUUAUUUAAAAGAAUUUGAUGAUUUAAAGAAUUUUUUAAUUGAACCAACUAUAUUUAAACCAAAAGAAGAUAUAAUUAAUGAUUGGAUUAAAAUUUCAAAAUUUAUUAAAUUGAAAAUUUUAUCAUAUGAUACUUUAACUGAUUUAAUUUAUUUAAUUGAUUGGUAUUUAAUUAUUAAGAAUUAUUAUAGCUAUAGUAAUUUAAUUGUGGACAAUUAUUUGGAAUUUAAUAAUUUAUUAAAUUAUAUUGUUUUAAAUAAUGAUUUUAUUGAAUUGUUAGAAGAUCCAGGCAAAGAACUGACUCCAGAAAGUGAAGAAGAACAUGAAGAACAUGAAGAACCAGCAGACAUCCACCCUGACGACAAUGAAAGUAAUGAUGAUGAAAUCGAUGAUAUUCAAUAUCCAAAUAGUAAAGAAUUUAAAUUAUUAGCAAAAUAUUGGAUUCAAAUUAGAUUAGUUGAAAUUGAAUAUACAUUUUUUCAAUUUAAAGGGUCAUUAUUAGUUUCAAAUCAAUUAAAAAAUACAUUAGUACCUCAUGAACGAUUAUUAUCGGUGGUUUAUCCUAAUGAAACAAGAUCUUUACAUGUAUUUUCUAUCAAGAUUUGGGGAUUAUAUUAUAGACAAUCAAAAAGAUAUUCAACUUCAAUUCGUGAUAUUAUCAAAAAUUACUUAUUAUUAUAUAGUAAUGUUGCUGAAGUUUUAAAAGAUGAAUUGAAUGAUUAUAGUCAAUCUAUUAGAAGGAGUAUUUCUACCAACCAGGAAGUAGUCAUAACUGAUAAAGAUCUUGAAUUGGUAAUUAAAAAUCAACAAGUUGGAGUAUUGUUUAUUAGAUGGUUAGCUUUCAUUAGAAUUGAAUCAAAGUAUUUCCCAAGUUUAAGAUAUUUUUCAUAUUUUACAAGUAUGAUUAAUUUAUUUAAUCAUUUUAAUAUAAUUGAUAAUAAUGUUCAAGGAAAAUUAUUAUGGAUAUUAAUCGAUAAAUAUCCAAUUCAUUAUAUUAAAAGUUUUUAUCAAUGUUUAACUUAUCAAGGAAUCUUUUUAAUUAUAUUAACAAAUUCAAUUGGUUUAAAUUUGAAUUAUAAAAUUAAUUUAAGUCGAUUUUAUAAUAUUAUAUUAAAUCAAUUUAAAUUAACCCUUAACAAAUUCCUUAAUUUCAAUCAUAAAGUCAAUCAUUUAAGGUUUUUUAAUUUAACUAAUUCAUUAUUAAUUGAAUUUGCCAAUAUUCUUGAUAAUAAUAAUCAAUCUACAACAACGACAACAACAACAACUUCAAUUAUUUUGAAAUAUGAAAAUUUAUCAGACCUAGUAUAUAAUUUGAAAUCAAUUAUACAUCCAGAACAAUGGGAAUUAUUAAUGAAUUUCUAUUUUGGUUCACAAGAUAAUUUUAUUAGAUAUAUUGAAAAAGUUUGGGAUUUAUUUGAGUUCUUAAAGUUAUCAACCGUUAAUCAAGCUAAUAAUACCCAGCAGAUAUUAAUUACCCAGAAUUUGAAAUUUGAUGAUGCAUCAAUUGAAUCCUUAAUUGGAAAUCUAACUGGAUUUGUAUUUGAUAAUGAAGUUGUAAAUGAAUAUAUGAAGACAUGUGUUGAUCCAUACAUUAGUAAAGAUUAA